AUGAAGUCGCGUCGCAAGACACUUAUUCUCUUCGGGGUAUGCAACUUAAUUGUUUUCAUCUGCCUAAUCUUGAUCAUCUGCCUGUCCGGCUUCCUGCACGAGUCACGCAAAUUUAGGGCGCUACUCUUCGUCAUUGUCGUCGUGUUAUUUUUCCAUUGCCUCAUUGGCGACUUCAUCAAAUUUCUUGGAUACGCCUGUUAUGCCGCAUUGCGCAAGAAACCAGCCAUACAGGAAGGACCGGAUGUGGGACGCUCUGCAGCCACUAACAACUACGAUGAAGACGCGUUGGUGCGUCUGCAGCUAGCUAGCCACGAAGCAGCCAUGCACGCUACCUCAGCGCACUACAAUGAGUCGCUCAAUCUCAAAUACAAACUGAUUAUCAACGAAUUGCGGCUCUAUGGACUCUAUUUUCUGCUGCUAAUGCUUUUGGUGGUCGGCUCGCGCGAUUACCUUACCUACUACAAUACACAUACGCUUCAAACGGUUUUCCUGGAAAAGCGUUUAGAUGCUGCCGGACUGUAUUAUGUGCACACGCCGAAUGAUGUCUACGAUUAUAUAAGACGCAUUGUGGUAAAAGCAUUCAAUCAGGGUCGCGACUACAAUGAGGAGGUUAUAGAAGAACCCGGCUGGAUACAAUAUAAUAUAGCUAAGCUAUUGGGCGUUGUGCGGCUGAGACAAGUGCGGCGCUUGGAUGAGCAUAUCGGUCUCGACACGCCUAGCUUCGAUGAGCGAAAUUUUAUGCCACGUUGGCGUUUGCCAUACGAACAGCUGCACUACAUCAGCAAGUAUAUACACACUUACGGACCGUGGUUGGAGGGACAAGUAGAUUGGAAUAUAUUUACGCCGCGUCAUCAUUACGGCAAUUUGCAUACGUAUGCAGAGAAUAACGGUUAUGUGACUUUUUUGUCGCGCGACUUGAACAAUAGCCUGAAAAUAUUGGAAUAUCUGAAAGCAUCGAACUGGAUUGACGCGCGCACUGCAGGUGUCUUUAUCGAUUUUACGCUCUACAAUGUCGACUCGAAUAUCUUUAGCGUCUGCACGAUUCUAUUGGAGUAUACACCCUUCGGAAAUGUGCUGUCACAUGUCGAUGUGCAAAGUGUUGAGUUGCUGAUGAAUUUAGAUAAUGUACCCGGCAUAAUGUUGCUCGUAUUCCUCUUGUACCUUCUCACCUUGAUAUACUUCGCCAAACAUUUGGUUUUGAAUAUGCUCUACAAAACAAAAAUGUCCUCGUCGCCCUGGAAUGUUGUGGACUUUGUGAUAAUUGCUUUGAAUUUGUUCAUCCUGAUUUUGAUUAUUGUACGCGAGGCCAAGGUGGCAGCGUUAAUGGCGCGCUUCGAGGACUCGAUGAAGCUGGAGUUUGUGGAUUUUCGCGUGCCAGCCCAAAUCGACUAUCUAGCCAAUCUGAUGAUUGGUUUUCUCAUUUGCUUGACCACCUUGCGGCUGUGGAAGAUUUUUCAGUUCGCCAAACCUUUUCGUGUCUUCACACGCACGCUGUAUCGCGCCCGCUUUGCGCUACUCACGCUGCUGGUGAUCAUCGUUAUAUGGCUAAUCGCUUUUGGCAUCAGCUCGUACAUAAUCAAUGGCAAUGACAGCGAACACUUUACGCACUUAUUCAGAAGUUUCGCCGCCUCGAUGAGCUACUCAUUUGGCUUCAGCAGCACUGUUAGUCCCUACGAUCUAACCUAUGGCGGCUUGACGCUCGGUUUCAUUUUGUAUGCGCUCCUAAUGUUUGUAAUUGCCAUUGUUUUGCUGAAUCUUUUCAUUACGUUGAUUUGCGACUACUUUGCGGAGAACAAAAAUACACCAGACGAUGAGGAGGCGAGUGAGCUGGGCUUUUAUGAAUUUCUUCGAGUUGAAUUCGGCAGUUGGGGUCGCUGGUGUAAGCGUACAUGUUGCAGUUGCUGUGAGAAACGUGUCUAUGAUCCGAAGAAGCGCAACGUUAAGCAACGAAUCGAUAAAUCUGUGGCGGAUGCUGAGAAGAAGGCAGAGAAACGCAAGUUGGCAGGUCGUGAGGAUGCGGGUCCACCAUACGGCCGGCACUUGCGUGAUCUCGAUCAGGUGCGAGCUAUGGCGCGCAAGAUGAAUGCGCAGAUCGCACUGCUGCGUCGCCAUCAACGUUGGCGUCGACGUUAA